AUGUCUGGGCUUGAAAUCGUCGGGGUCGUUGCCAGCACCUUCCAACUCGCAGAGAUUGGAAUCAAACUCUCGGUCAAGCUUUGUUCCUUUUACCGCCAGAUCAAAGAUGCGGAUAAUUCCGCACAGCGUCUUGCAAGUGAUGUCUCACUCACUUGCAGUAUCCUAUAUCAAUUAGGCAAGAUCUUGGAACAGGACAGCCAGACAAAGCUUUGCUCCCAGCAGGCCUUUCUGACGGCCCAGGAAGUCUUGGAGGAAUGCGAGAAAAUCUUCAGUCAAAUAGACGAAGCAAUUCAGAAGAAAGAUCCGAGUUCUGGUAAAAGCAAAUGGGAACGUGGCACACGGAGGCUUACAAUUGUGAUACUUGGUCCCGAUCUUGACGUGUUGAACUCACACUUGGACAAGUUAAAAUCGACCAUGUUGCUGAUGCUGAAUGUGAUUAUGUAUGCAAGAGAAAUUAACCGGACAUCCGAUCAUUCUUCGCUCGAAUGCCAACGCCAGUUGAUUGAAACGCUUCUCCGGGAGAAAGCCGAAACUGAAGCUAGGUUAAAGAGACUCAUCAAUGUGGCCGAUAUUCGUUCAGAUUGCGAUGGAGUGGGUAGAUUGUCGUCUUCAACACUGGGUGCGAAACCUAGCAUGAGAGUGUGGCAGCGACCUUCAACCGGAAACGAAAUUGACAAGUAUUAUGACCUUGUCAAAAGUCUACUAAAUCAAAUCGAUGCUUGUCAAAUAAACUUUCAACAAGAUCGCCAUUUGAGGAUUAGAGAUGGAGUGGUGAAUGUUCACAAGGCCGAACUUGCCAUAUUUCAACAAUCCCAUGGAAAGGCAGCGGCACAGGCUUUUGAUUGCCCCUAUUUCAGAAUUAGCCACCGAGGAAGGGACAGUUCUUUUACCCCAAAGCCGAACUCCAACAUCCCCUCUCAAACGGCUGAGGCGUCAACGAAACGAUCCACCUUGAUCACAUUGGGAAAUUGCCAUUCUUUUGGGCGCAGCCCCUUGCCUGCUAUUCGUCGAGCCUCCACCAGUAGUUUGGAUCUUGAGGCCGCUCAUAAAAUGUCAAGGAAUCACCCCGGUUACCGUGAAUACACUAAACUUGAGCUUAAAGAACCUAUGGGGGAAAUGUUCAUCAACCAGUCCAGCCCAAGAAUUAGAAGAAACUCAGCAUCCGCAGCAGACCUUCAUGAAACUUCUGUUGGCUUCUCAAUGUCCGAUCUGCACCCUGUGGCCAGCUUGGGUCGAGCUCGGUCUCCGGGUCCUUUACCUUCAACUUCCAAUCAAUGUGUGGCCCCGCGCGAGCAGUUUGAUAGAGACUACCCUCUCAACCCGCGCUAUCCUACAGCGAAGUAUUCGCUUGAUCGGCCUCUCAGCAUGACUGUGAUGGACGAGCAUCCCCACAUGCUGCGUAAAGAAAGACCUAACCGGCCUCAAGGGCCCCCAUCAACUUCUGUGGGAUUUGACAAUAUUCGCGUCAGAGCCCGACCAUCCACAUACGCCAACAACGGAGGCCACGACCUUGCUCCAAUAGCCUUACCCCACGAGUCUGACGAUAGUUGCGAUACGUACCCCGACAGGCACCGUCGGCGUCGCCGCAUACAUCGCUGCGAGAGUGAUAGGCACGGCGGUAGUCGAUCCCUGGAACAGAAAGCACUUGAUGCCAGCAGUUCGAAACUGGUGGCGACCUCAGGUAAGGAAAGUCCCAAGAAGCGUGUUGCGUGGGAUACUUUGGAAGAUCUGAUGCUUUCCUGGACGACACUUCCCCGGGAUAUGAUUCGGCUAUGA